UUAAAUGUAUCAACACUGUGAGCUUUAGUCGAAGGUUUUCAUCGAAUAGUGCAACCGUGUUCUGUUUUUUGAGACGCUACCAUAAUGAAUUUGCAUACGUUGAUUUCAAUACUAGUUUGGGUUGCUGUAAUGUGUUUUGCACGCGUUGUGUCGGUUAUAACCGAAUUGCCAAAACGGGAACUAGUUGACAAAUUAAACAUGUUGUUGCGUCAUUCGGGAUGGCGGUUAAUGAGCAACGUGAAUAUCAUAGAAACGUACACAAUUAAUAACGAAAAACACGAAGCAAUCAUUGAUCCCAUGUCCGAAAUCUACGAAGCCAUGUCGUCGAACCGGAAUCCGGUCGACGAAAUCAACGUGUUGCGGAGAUACGAUCAGAUCUGGACUGUACUCAGGUGUAAGUACGCCGAGGUGCUUGAAAAUUACAGGGCUGUGAUACGACAAUUAAUACAGAUUUGCCGUAACGAAAAAAAAGAAGACAAAUACCAGCAAUUACUCAGCUAUCGCAACGAUGGUAAAACGCCCGAACCGUCACAUCCAAGGUACUUCGAUUGUUUUCAUUCGCUGCUGACCAAACUCUAUAUCGCUUGGCCGAGGUUUAAAUGCAUGACACACGCGUUGGACUUUAUUUACUCGAUAGGUCCGAAGUUGAAACCUAACCAAAAUAUAGUACUCGCCACUCGAAAAUUGACCGAGUUUACUUCAACUUUAAAGCCAAACACGUUGUCGAAAUUGUCCAAACACGGUAUUGACGAGGACGUGGUCGAUCUCGAAAUAAAAAACAUAAGCAAAUAUUUCAUAAGGGUUUUUCACUUAAAUAUAGAUAGAUUUGUCGACCUUUAUUGCAACCUACCGUCACUCAAAAAAGGGAGCACAUUUUAUACACAUAAAUUAAAUGAAGAUUUUCAGGACAAAAAGAGCAACAAUCAGAUACCACCGGAAACGACUAUGGUGCAAUAUGUACUAGACGAAAUCGAUUCUUUCAUUAAUGAGAUUUUUGACAGUAUGUUCUACAAGCUGGGCCUCGUAUACGGCGUGGAGGAUAACGUUUCAAUCGCGAUCAUUUAAAAUAUUAUCAGUAACGAAAAACAGAUUUACAAUGAAGAUUGGUUAUUUUUAAAAUUAUGUAGAUAUUUUUGUUUAUAACUAUAAUUUAUUGUAAAUUAAUAUAAAAAUAAAAUGUUCAACGUAGCAGUUGUGUGUAACAUUAUAAAUGUAUACGUAGACUAAAUAAAAUUAAGUAAACAUGAAAAAAAAACUGUUUUUUCAAAAUUGCUGAUACACACAUGCGAGAAAUUUUAAUAAAUGUAAAAACAAUUUGUGUUUCUGAAAUAGAAGCUCUUAAGGAAUAUGUAUUUUAAAAUCGAUAAAUCCUUAUAAUCAAUAUUAGAAAAUUGAAUAAAA